ACCACAGCACCUCAAUUACAAUUCCUAUAAUCAUAAACAACAGAUGCGAGAAAAAUCUGAUAUUUGAACACAAGAUUGCGCAUGCGUUUUGUUUCCCAGAGCCACCAAAAGGGGUGGCAUAAAAAAUCAAUAGUCCUCCCCCAAAACAACUGGACAAAAUGCUUUCGCUCGAAUUAAUUUCUCGAUACUUGACGCGCGAGUCCAUCACAAAAUCAUCAGCUGAGAGUUUCGAGGAUAGAUAUGACGCAUUGAGUGAAUUGGAAACAUUUCAAGAGAAUUAUUCCGGGGAAUAAUUAUUUGAAAUCUACGAAGACCUAGGGGUGAGAGGUUACAAGAGCCUCGAGUGUUUUUUUGAUGACACAGUGGAAUAUCAUGUGGUGUAAACAGAAAUUGGUGGACAAUGAGAGGAGAGGAUGGAGAGACUCGGGAUUGAAAUGUGCGUUGGAUAGUGAGAGGCAGAGGAUAUCGUAAGUGAUAAGUGAUUUUUUUUUUAUUGAGAGGGAAUUAUGGAGCAGGAAGAAGGCAGUGGGAGGAGAGCCAAUCCGGGGAGACGGUACCCAAAUUCAGGGAAACGAGAGGCACAGGCAUCUCCACAUGUUCAAUCGUCGAAGGGAGAGCCUGCACCUCAAAAUUCUCGUCAAAGUGUUCGAAUAGCGGUAUAUUUAAUGUCAGGUGUUUUUCUAACGAUGGAAGUUGAUAGAAAUUCAACGGCCCAACAAAUUCAGUCAAUCGUACAGACAGAGCCCGAGAUAGGCAUGUCAAGAUUAUCGCAGAUAAGUGGUGAAACAGUAUUUGCAAUGUGGAUGUGUUCAUCUCAGCUGGAGCUACAGUUGAGGCCAAAUCAUAGACCCAUAGAUCUUGCCUCAAAGUGGAGUAAAUUGGUGAAUAAGUACGGUACGAGGGAACAGAGUGAUGAGGAGCCAUUGCUCUACUUCAGGAGAAAUGUAUUUCUCUCAAGAAUAGACGAGGAGAUGAUUAAGGAUCCCAAGAUGCUUGAACUGCUGUACGCUGAAGCGAGGCACAACGUAUUAGAAGGGAGAUAUCCGUGCGAGGGACAGGCGAGAUACGCGAGUCUUGGUGCCCUCCAGGCUAGAAUAGAAUUGGGCCCCUACAAUCCCCAAACACACACACUGGCGUACUUUCGAAAGCAUCGAGCCAAAUUUCUUCCUCAUCAUUACACAUCACCAGGUUUUCUAUUUGGAUUAGGUUUUGGUCUCGGUAUUGUUGGUGGCAAGGGUGCACCAGAGGCGAGAUUACUUGAGCAGUACAAACGAAUACCCAAUCAUUCGGGUACAACGCCGAACUCGAGGAAACUUGUGAGAAAGUACCUUGAAUUUUGCUGGGGUUUACCGUGCUAUGGAUCGGCCUUCUUUCAGGGACAAAUCGAGAGACCGGUCAGAGGAUUGGCAUCAUGGAUUACUAACAGGGAUAUGUCGGUACUCAUUGCCAUCAAUACCACGGGGGUUUAUGUCGUUGAUGAUUCACAGUGUAGUUUGUUAUUGGGGUUGAAGUACUCGAACUUGAGUUGGGAGAUGGCAAAACCAUCGGACGAGAACAACCUCGAUUGUCUGCCCUGUUUAUUCCUCCAGUUUCCUGUUCGUGAAAAUGGAACGAGGGUUUACAAAAUUCUCCAGGUGUUCUCCAAACAAGCAAUAAUGAUGGAUACUCUAAUAUCCGGUUUCGCCGAAGAUAAUCGAUUAAACGAAGAUACAGUUGAUGCUGCCAAUCAGAAUCGUACCGAAGGCUCUGUGAUAAUGAAUGCUGGUAGUUUUACCAACAAACUUAGCAAAUUCACUCUGGCAACUUUUGACGAUCAAGGUCGCUGCAUCGGACAAAUGGGCUCUUGGUCCUUUCAAUGAUAUUACACCCUAUUUUCCUGUGCACAAGUGUUGAUGACCAAAGUUAGACAUAGAAUUAAUCGUGAUAUUGACAAAAGACUUUCCGCGAGAAUGUAUUUUCAUCGAGAUAAGAAAUGAGAAGCAAACUUGACUGUUGUCUAAUUAAAUUACUAUUUCAAAAAAAUUGCAUAAAAAAUAUUG